AUGACUUCCGGCCCAGAAAACCUCGUCCUUCCACGCCCCGGAGCCCUGCCGACUCGACCAAAACCCCCAAUCUCAGGUCCAUCGGAGCAAGCCUUCACAUCUGCUUUUGGGACCCUCCUACCACCAGUCCGAUACCUCGACACCUCCCAUGGAAAAGUCGCAUGCUAUAACAUCUCCCCAACUCCUUCCGUCCAAACACUCAAUCGUGUACUUGUCAUCCACGGUGUACAAACCCCUGCUCUGGGCAUGCUUCCCUUGGCUGCCGCGCUACACAGCUUGUUCCCAGACUCGCAAUUCGCAUUAUUAGAUCUCUGGGGCCAUGGACUAAGCGAUACCCCCAUACUACCACAUGACGCAGCUCUCUUCCACGAAUUGUUCGAUGAAAUGUUAGACGAGCUGUAUUGGCCCUCUGCCCAUCUCAUGGGGUACUCUUUCGGAGCAUCACUGACAGUCGGAUACGCCGAUUCACGCACUUCACGGGUAAAUAGUUUUACCUUGGUCGCGCCGGCGGGACUAAUCCGAUCUACGAGCUUCACAGCGGCUGAACAAGAGCUUUUCCAGCCUGGUAGCGAUGAAGACGCAGCAAGGAAGUGGGUGUUGCAGUUCCUUGAAGGCAAAGAUCUCGUAGUACCGGGAGGCUGGAAGGAAAGAGUUGGGAGGGGCGAGGUCGUUGCUGAAGCGGUAAGGGAGUGGCAGAUGCGGGAGCAUGCCGGUCAUGUGGGUUCUGUUGUAGCGAUUUUCAGGGACGGAGGAGUGAUGGAUAAUCACGAGAGCUUUACAAAGGCGGCACAGACUAGAAAACCGGCAUUAGUAGUGCUGGGCGAGAAGGAUGACUUGUGUAACAAGCAAGAGCUGAGGGAUUUGGGAUUCAAAGACGUCUUUGUGGUUCCGCAGGCCGGACAUGGUCUUGUCAGGGAAAGGGUACCAGAGGUUGCAAGCUUCAUCAGCAAUUUCUGGACUGAUCUUGGGAUAGCUAGUCCUAAUAUAGAAGGUAGCGUCAAAGUGCCGGACCUGCUCCUUGCUACAGCCUAG